AUGAGUGUCAUCUUGGACCUGCCCUUCAGUGUUUGCGUCUGGAUCUCUGCUGCGGUGGCGAUCAUCUACACUGUUCUUGGAGGUCUCUACUCAGUUGCUUACACUGAUGUCAUCCAGCUAUCAUUAGUGCUCGUUAGCCUGUGGCUGUGUGUCCCUUUUGUUUUUGCAGGUGGCGUUUAUACUGACAUCACUAAAACAGCAUUCAACCACACAUAUCAGGCCCCCUGGCUUGGCCAGCUUGAGUCUGACGAAUUGUGGAGAUGGAUUGAUCAUUUCCUAGUGAUGACUGUAGGCAAUAUGGCAGUUCAGGAUUUCCAUCAAAGGAUACUCUCCUCCAGCUCUACAUCCACAGCCAGAAUCAUCUGUUUUAUAGCGGCAGGUGGAGUCAUCAUUGCUGGACUUCCGUCAGUGUUGAUCGCCGCUGUUGCAGCUUCAACAGACUGGAACGCCACCUCGUAUGGUUCUCCUUCUCCGUAUGAGCGAGGCGAGGCGGCCAUGGUGUUGCCCAUCACCCUGCAGCAUUUUACGCCAGCCUACAUUUCUGCUUUUGGCGUCGGAGCUGUUGCUGCCGCAGUGAUGUCAUCCGCUGACUCUUUCCUCUUGUCUGCAACCACCAUCUUCACCACCAACAUCUACCAGACCAUCAGGAGUCAGGCAUCCGAUAAAGAGCUACAGUGGGUGAUUCGUCUCUCCAUCGUGGUUGCAGGACUUGUGGGAACAUCCCUCACCUAUCUGGACGGUGGCAUCUUGGUGUUCUGGAUCCUGGGCUCAGACCUGACCUACACCAUUGUAUUCCCGCAACUGAUCUGCGUCCUCUUCAUCGAGGUUUCCAACGGUUACGGGGCGAUAACAGGCUUCCUUGUCGCCGUGGUGAUGAGAGUGUUGUGUGGAGAGCCGUUGUUAGGCCUCCCUGUGAUCCUGCAUUUCCCAGGAUGCACUUUAGAGGACGGCGUUUAUAUUCAGCGCUCUCCUGUCAAGACCAUUUGCAUGUUGUGCGCUCUGGUCUCCAUUCUGAUGUCUUCCUAUAUGGCCUCCCUCCUGUUUAACAGGGGGAUCCUUCCUGAGAGGAUGGAUGUGUUCAAAGUGAAAUCUCAAGGAGCACUAACACCAGCAGAUGGCGCCAGAGAGGGCGACAGUGAUGAGACUCAUGAAAAUGAUACAUUUGCCUCUGAACCAAUGUUGGAUACAAAGUGCUAA